AAUCUUUCUCACGAGUAAGGCCAAGCAGAUUUUCAGAAUAUCAAAUGUCGCUCUGCAUUGCCGCGAUUGACGCCUCACCUGACAAUCUGCCAAGAAAGAAACCCCGCCCCCAACAAGAGCCGCAAUGCCGGCCACGAACUACAAACGAGCUGCCACCAACUACAAGAGAGCUGCCACCAACUCACUACACAUUUAAGAUUGAGUCAUUUUCGAAUAUCUUAGCGAUCUUUCCAGCGGACAAAGAGGAGAAGUAUGAGUCAGACGUGUUCGAAUCUGGUGGCUAUAAAUGGAGACUGUCUUUCUAUCCAACUGGAAGGAAGGAAUGUAAUGGGAGGGGACACAUAUCACUCUACUUGGUGAUUGCAGAAACAGAUUCUUUACCUCUUGGUUGGAAGGUUAAUGCAAUCUGUAGAUUGUUUGUUCUUGAUCAGGUUCGGGGCGAGUACUUGACACUGCAAGAUGCUAAUAGCGAAGUAAGGACCUUUCAUACAAUGAAAACCGAUUGGGGGUUUGCACAGUUUCUCUCCCUUUGUGACUUUUGUGAUCCUUAUGAGGGAUACCUUAUUGAUGACUCAUGUGUAUUUGGCGCUGAGGUUUUUGUCACAAAUUAUACUGGUAAAGGAGAGUGUCUAUCCAUGUUGAGUUCUCCAAUCACAGGCAUCCGAACUUGGAGUUUUAGCAAGUUUUCAACAAUAAAUAAUGAAUAUCUUUUGAUGGAGUUCAUAGUUGGAGCGCGCAAAUGGGAGCUGAAGCUAUAUCCAAGAGCAGUUUCAAAUCAAGAUGGUAAAAUCUAUAUUAAGUUGUUUUUAUCGUUGGGUGAUUGGGAAGUUCCUCCCCACAAAGGAAAAUUGUAUGCUAGGUACACCCUACGUGUAAAGGACCAAAGAUCACCCCCAGGAAAGCAUGCAGAGCUUACAGAUAAUAAUUGGUUCUCACACUCGGCUAGGGGCUACGAUUACCCAAUGUUCUUGCUGCAAACUGAGCUCAAGGAUGCAUCAAGGGGCUUCCUUCUCAAUGACACUUUGUUUGUUGAAGCAGAGAUUGAAAUAGUAUCUAUUGUCAAGAAUUUUAUUGAAAAGAAGUGAUGAAGCUGCUUGGGUUUGACGGUUGAACGAAUUUGUAAUAAUUAUUACUUGUUGGUGAUCAAGUUGCAAUAACCCAAAUUUUUAUUUGUGGUAAUAAAUGUGCUUUUCAUA